UCCCUGCAGGAUCCACUUUUGCACUUGACUGGCCCGUCCCGUGCCAUCGUGGCUGUGGACCAUGUUGACUUCGAAGUCCAACUGAAAGUAAAGGGUGCAACAAGGUCCAGCGACAGAGCAUUGAUCAGUCGUUGCUGCACUUAUUCUGGUGGUUAUCAUGAAGGUUUAGAUACCGCUCUCAUCAGCAACUGCUUUUGCACGGUAGAGUUAAGCUUGGAGCGACUCGCAAAGAUAGUCCAGGCUACCACCUUAAGUGUCCGCGUUGUUGAAGGGGGACCUUGGCCUUUUGAAUAUGGUGGUCGGAUUGUGUGCUCCUCACCACCACAGGAAGUUAUGGACUCCCUGGCCAGGCAAGUUGUGUUGGUUGAUUCUCGUUCUUCUGAUGGUGGAGAAAUGCCAAUGGGCACAGAUGGCUACCUUGAUCUGUCAAGGCAUGUUGUUUCUGUAGAACUGGAAGAAAGCCUGCAAUUUGUUAUACAAGCCUACUCGCAGUCUGGUGAUGCUAUUGCUAGACAAGGUCGUGUCAAGUUCAGGGCCGAAUAUUGCAAUGUAAGUCGAGGUAUAUGUGAGAUUGGUGACUCUAAGGUGGAGAUUACUGUUGCUUGGUCCAAACUUGUUACCAAAAGGAUGGAUAUCCUCUUAGAAGGGAAUGUUUGAUGGUUCUUGUGCGUUGGAGGUUAUGGACUACAGAACCCGUUACCCAAAUUUAUCUGUUUGUCCCUUGCAUGUGGUUUGUGAAACUGCAUAACUAUUUUUGUAUUGAUAUGUCCAACUAUUUGUGUAUCUGACUAUCUGUGUCCACUUCAACUUCUUAUUAUGCUAUGUGAAGUACUAAUUCUG